UGAAAUAAUUGAGUUAUAAAUAAGAAAAUUGAGAAAAUCCAUUGCAAAUGGUUGAGAAAAUUUUUAUGCGGAAGUAGUUGUAGAAAGUGUGACAAAAAAAGUGAAAACUGCUGCACUGACUAAAGAAACACAUGAUUAGAACUCCCUAUAUAAUCAAUAACAUAUUGGAAGAUAAAUAUGAUUUUUAUAAUUAAGCAUGGAAGAUUAAUUAAAUUAGUCCAACUAGAAAAAUCUAUAAAUUUACAUUCUGUCCUAUGAUCGUUGGAAACAAAGAAGUGAAGAGGAUAGCGGGUGAAUAUUUGCGGAACAGAACGAGUUCGGAGAGAACAAAUAAACUUGUGUGAGAAUUGUGAGAAGAAUAGCCCGAGCAAAACAAAUGGCUAAAAAACGUGCAUUUGCAGCGUGCGGAGCCGAUAUUCAUGAGCUACAUAGUUAAAUGCAAUACCGGCGUGACAGGCAAAUAAUAAAAUAGCAACUAUAGAAGAAUUGUGCAUGUUGGCUGCAGGUAUGGGAUACAAAGCGAACGGGGAGGGUGGUAACAGCGGUAAAGGUCGUACUAACGGUCGUGGAAUGGGAGAUGACGACGAUGGGGGCGAUGAAGAAGAGAGUAACACGUUUUAUGAGGCAGUCAGUGAACCGGAUCUUUGCUUAGACACUCUUAAAAUAACGAAUGACGUCACAUCUGUAAACAAAACAAUGCAAAGUUUUGAGGAGGAUGCCGAAGAGAUCGAGGGUGCACAUUGUUUACCGCAGGCGACAGAUGUUAUUGACACUGAAUCCGCUGCGCCGUCGGGAGCUCAUACAACGAAUGUGAUUCACGAUGAUGUUCUCGUUGACACCGAGUGCAGUAUGCGUGGAGAUCUGCAAAAGGAAAACAUGAAAGACAAAGAUAAUACUUUUAUUGAUGAAAAUGCAGCAACACGUCCGAAACGGACUAAAAAUCUCAAAGACUUCAACAAAAUAAAUCAUACAAUUAUGCCUGAUGAUCAACAACAGAAACAACGUCAGCAGACUUUGCUCACAACCAAAUCGUGUGAAACUCCCGCAACUGCUACGCUUUCGCCAACAAAUUCACACAGCGAUAGUGGUAGUGUUGGUGGUGGUGCCAGACGUAAAUCGUGGACUCUUUCACCUCAAAGUAAUGAUUCUACACCACAAAGUGGAGCCAAGAAGAAAAUAAAAUCCACAAGCCAAAAAUCACCAACGGCACCAUUAUCAUCAGCAGUAGCUGGUACAGAAAAUCUCAAUUUAUGGGUUGCGCGUGAAUGUUAUGAAACGGUACCGGCCGAAACAGUUUAUGAAGUAGAAGAUGGCAUCCUUGUAGUAGACGAUGAAGAGGCAGCUGUCGAAAGUUUGCUUGGUGCAGCUGCUGCUUUUCAACCGAACUCCAUUAAUAAGUCAGUGCAACGCAGACAAAAACAUCUACGUCAGCCACAACACAGACCCUUGGAGCGUUCGUGGCCGCCCAAAGCUGUGGGCAAAGAUUUAAAUAUGCAAAGCGAUGUUUUCAAGUUUGAUAUACUCGAUAUCGAUGAGAAGAUGGAUAGCUUUGGUGCUAUCGGGUGCAGCUCAGCUGAAGGCUUUAGUAGCGCUACAAGUAGUACAAAUAAUUCUCCUUUACUACUGCUUAACAAUGGCGCCCCUUCAUCCACCAGCCCACAAUAUGAUUUGCCCUCCGGCACAAUCAAUCAAACUCCCGUGAAAUUCAAGCCCUUAAUUAAGAAAAAAAUUGGCCCAGAUAGUUAUAUAAAUACGAUUACCACAAAGAAGGUGCCCGCUUCGGAAACUUAUGAUUUUCCAACAUUUCCUGUUAAAGAUAACUCAAGCUCGAACGUUUCUAAUGCAACGACUGCAAAUCAAUUUCCUCACAUACGCCAGCAUCGACCACUAACUCGCGUCAUGUCGAAUGGAAAGGGUCCUGUAGCUUGUAAUGCGCUUAAUUACGAUGAUUUAGCAGUUGGUGGCACACAUUCGCCACGCCUAUUGCUCUCCCCAAAACGUCAACGGAGUCCACCUUCGGGAUGUUCCUCACGGAGUGCCUCGCCAUUGGACUUAAAUUUAAGCCCAGAAACCAGUUCUCCACCAACUCCUCAGACUCAAUUUAAAUUCAGUUCCAAUUUGGGAAGUGGACCAUCAUCGCCUGCUACUCAUAUACGCCCGCAACAAAGGUUAUUAAAACGAGUUGGCGGUGGUGUCGGCGCAAACCUCGUAUGCCCACCGACUCCCACACAUCAUGCACGUCGCCAUCAACGACUGCAAUCCAACACCUCCGCAUUGGCAGCAACAGUGGACAAUUCGUUAACGGGGGCGACAUGCAAUCAAAUGGAUUACAACUUGUCGGCAAUACCAAAGUCCCCACCGAUUGCAAUUGGUGCUGGAAUUGGUGGUGCCACAGAACACCACAUCAUUGAUGGUGGCUUAGUGGAAGCUGUCGAUACAAAUAGUACAGCAAAUGAAGCAUGCAGCACACGUCUACCAUCCAUUCCGGAACGUGGUGCCGCUGCCGGUUUUCUUCGUGGAAAUUCGGCUUUCGGUGAAGGUGAGUCGGCCACCGAACCAUUGCCACCCGCUUGGGAAGCGCGAAUGGACAGCCAUGGACGUAUUUUCUAUAUUGACCAUACGACACGUACAACCUCGUGGCAGCGACCUGGUACGAAUGGAGGCGCAACUCUAAAUGGCGCUGGACGUGAGCACCAUCAUCGUCAACAAUUGGACAGACGCUAUCAGUCCAUUCGACGCACAAUUACUAGCGAUAAUCGUCUCUCGAAUGCCUCCGCUUACAGUGUGAGCGAUAAUGCUGCAUGUAAUAACACUGCCAAUCAAUACCCAAAUUCCAUGCACAGUAGUCCAAACGCGGGAAAUAGUAAUAAUUUAGGUAAUCUACAAAAUCUCAGUCUUUCUGUGCAUCCAGCUGUUGUGAUGCUCUGUCGUCCCGACUUUUAUUCCAUGUUACACACAAAUGAGGAUGCAUUAUCGAUAUAUAAUCGCAAUCCUGCACUUAAACACAUGAUUAUACGUAUACGCCGCGAUCCGCAGUGCUUUCAACGCUAUCAAUAUAAUAAAGAUCUGGUGGCGCUGGUCAAUACAUUCGCACAGCUCAAUCGAGACUUGCCCUCCUGCUGGGAGACUAAACUCGAUCAAUCGGGUAAACAGUUCUUCAUCGAUCACAAUAAUCGUAAAACCUCGUUCAUGGAUCCACGCUUGCCCAUUGAAAGCGCACGUGUCGUACGUCAAAGACAUCAGUUGCUUUCCCAUCAAUCGCCACAACUCUCUGCACAUUUUCCACACGCUCAUCAUCCACACCAGCAACCACCACAUCACCAUAAUUUCCAAUACGAUGCGCUCGACGGAAAUUGUAUUUCGGCGUCGGGAGUACCGCCACUGCCACCGCCCAGGCCGCCAAGCACUGUACGCACCGGCCCGAACGGUGCUUUGCGUGGCGCCACUGGCGGCGCUAGCAAUUAUGAGCAAUACAACGAGGUGCCUGUAGCUUAUAAUGAAAAGGUUAUCGCGUUUUUGCGUCAACCGAAUAUUUUGGAAAUCUUACGUGAAAGACAUGGUCAGAAUACAGUUUCACGUUCCUUGCGUGAGAAAAUUAAUAUUCUACGUGUAGAAGGUGUACCGGCGUUGGAGAGGUUAGCGCACGAUUUGCAGCUAACCAUUUUGCUAAGCCUGUUCGAACAGGAGAUUAUGAGCUAUGUUCCUAUUGAAGAACGCAGUCCACAGGGUUCGCCAGUGCUCAACUCGCGCAUGCCACAGCGCGCACCGCCACCAUUCCGACGUGACUUUGAGGCGAAAUUGCGUGGCUUCUAUCGCAAAUUGGAGUCGAAAGGCUACGGACAGGGUCCGCACAAACUAAAAUUACACAUUCGACGCACACAUCUGCUAGAGGAUGCCUUCCGACGCAUAAUGUCGGCCAACAAGAAAGAUCUGCAGCGUGGUCGCCUCGCUGUGCUAUGGGAUACUGAAGAAGGCUUGGAUUAUGGCGGUCCAUCAAGAGAAUUCUUCUUUCUGCUCUCACGUGAGCUCUUCAACCCCUAUUACGGCCUCUUUGAGUACUCAGCCAAUGACACAUACACCGUACAAGUCUCACCGCUGUCAGCAUUUGUGGACAAUUGUCACGAUUGGUUCCGCUUCGGCGGUCGUGUGUUGGGCUUGGCACUCGUACAUCAAUACCUAUUGGAUGCCUUCUUUACACGCCCAUUUUACAAGGCGCUGUUGCGUUUGCCCGUCGCGCUGAGCGAUCUGGAAUCGCUGGAUAAUGAGUUUCAUCAGUCGCUGCAAUGGAUACGCGACAAUGACAUCGGCACCGGCAUUGAUCUUGGUCUAACAUUUUGCGUUACCGAAGAGCUAUUGGGUCAUGUGGUCGAGCGUGAACUGAAGCCGGGCGGUAAGAACAUAAUUGUAAAUGAGAAAAACAAGAAAGAAUAUUUGGAACGCAUGAUUAAGUGGCGUUUGGAGCGUGGCGUACAAGAGCAGACGGAAUCGUUGGUGCGUGGCUUUUACGAGGUGGUCGAUGCGCGUCUUGUUUCCGUAUUCGAUGCACGUGAAUUGGAAUUGGUUAUUGCCGGUACGGCCGAGAUUGAUAUUAACGAUUGGCGUUUAAAUACCGAAUACCGUUCGGGUUAUCAUGACAACCAUCAGGUGAUCAUUUGGUUUUGGCAAGUUAUCGAGAAAUUCACAAACGAACAACGUUUACGACUGCUACAAUUUGUAACCGGCACCUCUAGUAUACCCUACGAAGGCUUCUCAGCACUGCGCGGCUCAACUGGUCCACGACGAUUUUGCAUCGAAAAGUGGGGCAAACCGAAUGCCUUGCCACGUGCGCACACCUGCUUCAAUCGCUUAGAUUUACCGCCUUAUCCGACGCCCGAAUUGCUCUAUGAGAAAUUACUAUUAGCCGUAGAAGAAACGAACACAUUCGGCAUAGAGUAGGUAUGCGAAGCGAUUGCGCAUGCGUUGUUGUUUGUGCCUAGCUUGGCGGUUAGUAGUUUAGUGUCAGUCGCAAGUUCAACUUAAUGAAUUAAGUUAAUUUAUUAAAAAUCGUUAGUAUAGACGAAAAAAAGUGAUAUUUUAUUAGGAUUAUUUAUUUAUUUCCGUAUUUUCGCAUUUACAUAUUUACACAAGUUAUAUUUGUAAUAUUUAUUGUGAACGGGUUUGCUUUUUCUGUAUGAACAACCGCAUACCAAUUUGCUUAUUUGAUUGUCAGUGUGUAUGUGAGAUAUAUAAUAUAUUCCAUUGUGCAAUCAAGUGUUUAAGUGGCGAUCAUUUUAAUAUUUCAUUUAAAUUGUUGUGUGACUUUGAACAUGUUUUUUUGUCGCCAGAGUGGUGCGAUUAUUCAGACUUUUUAAUCACCCGGUGAUAUAAAUAUAAAAAUCACGUGAAAUCAUAAUUGUUAGUCAGUGAAUCAUGGAAUUUCCUAUGGCACAGGCUAUUCCGAAUUCACGGACUAGUUUGUUUGCCUUAGCUUUUUUGAUGUUGCCUGCAGUAUCAGAUAUGCUAUAUAGACAUGAAAUAUGUUUUAGUUGUUGUUGUUGUAACGGGUACCUAACCCAAGUUAUGAUAGUAAGGAUUAGCUAAGUUAUCGUCUACGUCAUGCAAUGUUAGGCCCAAAAAAUGUGCUAUUUUGACGGAGUCGGACCAAACGGAGAAGGGUGUCAGUUGUGUAGGGUUAGUGGGACAUGCAAAAAAGGGUGGCCAGUGUCAUGCGGAGACUCAGUGCACGCAGGACAUAUUUUAGAUAUGUCGAGGUCUAUUCUGGAUAAGUGCAAGUUUAACCUGCUACACUAUCCAGAAAGAAAAAUAUAGUGGAUUCGUACGCUUGGUGUCAAAGAUGUAUGGGUGAGGGGCAAAAAUCUAGGCCAUUUCUCCUCCACUAUCUUUGCGCGACUGAAACAGAAACAACUCGAUAGUCUGUCUUACCUUUGGCUAAGCAGAAGACAUAACCGAAACUGACAUUAGCCAUCUAAAUAAAUUUCUGGUAGGCUCAAAGCGCUUCGUCGAUUUUUAAUGGCUUAAUAAUACAGUAUAUAGGAGUUUUUAGAUACCACAACUUAUCGGCGUUCUUAUCUGUUCAAGUGAGAUCCCUGUUAAGAUCGACCUCAACCUAACCUAACCUAGUUCGGGGCUAUUCGGUGUAAUGCUCGCUUUUUUUAACUCGAAAGGAAGGUAUAAUUUUACCAUCUGUUCAGGAAUUAAAAAAUAAAUAAAUUUAAAAGCGGGAAAUAUAGACUUUUCACUUUUUACAGCGUAUUAUUUCGAGCAAGGUUGCCACCUGUUCAAAAUUUUAAAUUGCACAAAAUUGAUAAAAUAAAUUUAAUACUCUUUUGGUACUAAACCAAAAAGGUUUGAGAAAAAAUAUAGUUUAAAUAUUUUUUUUUUGGAGAAUGUUGCCACUUGUUGAAAUCACAUUAAUUUAAAUUGAUUCCAAAACUGGAAAAAAAGAAAGCGUUAUGUUAUUUUUGUUGUUGUUGUUGUAACGGAUUACCUAGUCCCAGUUGGGGUGGGGGUAAGGAUUAGAUUGUGGUUAGGUCAGGUUAGGUGGCUGAUCCUUCAAGAUGACAAGGGAAUCUCAUUGCUUAUAGCAGUGCUUUGUGAAGCCAGAUAAAAUUUUUUGUAUUUGGAUAUUAAUACUCCUUAGAUACUUUAGUGCAGUUUCCGCUAUUUUACAUGGUUGUCUAAAGGUGUGACAUCCGAGGUAUUUUAGCCUUGAUUUCACAAAAAUGGGAAAGUUUUGAGAUGUUUCUAUCUCUUCCAAACAGCUUUUGUAACCGACAUCUUACCGCAUGAACCCAGACCAGACAGUUUCCAAUUAGAACUAUUGUAUUAACUGAUGAAAGGUGAGCUUUGUUGAUGGUGAGUUGUUGAAAGCCGAGCUCGUCUGAGGCACAACUAGUCAUGAUGACUUUGCCUGGCAGUUUUAGUGCCACAAUUUGAAGUAAAAAAUCUUAUAAGUAUACUACAUAUUUGGCGGUACACACUAAACAAAAGCUACUUUCUAAGUAGAGUUUGUAGAAUAUUAUGGACAUAUUUGCUAGUAGAGCCAGUUGUCAUGGAAGGGUUUUGUGUGUUUUCAUUUGCAGGCUUAUUUUAUGAUUUGAAUUACUCGUUUUUUACAUAAAUGAGUUUUAAACAAGAUAUGUUGCCUACAUUUUGGCGCACUGAUAUAAAAGUGAGGUUAAAGAAGAGAUUCAAUAUUAAUAGAAUCCCGUUGUAUGAUCAAAACGCCAUUGAAUAUUAAAAAUAAACACAGGUACUUAAUUUAUUUGUCACAACACAACAAAAUUUAAUUAAUUUGGUUGAAAUGAUUGCCGAUAUGCGUGCCUAAGCUGCUUAAAUGAAAAACUUAUAUCAACUAAUUUCAACAAUUAUACUUAAAUUUCCUAAAAUUUAUGGAUUUCAGUGCAUAUAGGUUAUGCAACCUCAUGCCAAAUACUAUAACCAACUAAUUAAUGUUAGCAAUUUGCUAAAAAUUCUAAAAAUAAAAUUCGAAAAUGGUUUAUUUUUCAGGGCCUUAGAAAGUUCAACGAAUAUGAGUAAAAUAAUAAUUUAUUAUUUUGUAUUAAUACAACAAAAAAUAUUAUGUACUUCAUUUAAUUUUAACACUUAGAUAUACAUACAUAACUAUUUAAUUUGAAAACUCUACCUCUUUUAACUAUUAAAAAAAAAACAACAUUUGCUCUCUCACUGUGUGACAUUAGUUUUAAGCCUAACGUAGAAUGUAAAUUAUUAAAAUUAUUAUUAAUUAUAUGAAAUUAUAAAUAAACCGUUAAUGUAGCUAUUCUAAUAUUAUAUGUAUGUAUGUAUGUUAACCCGUCCAUUUCUAUAUAAAGCUUUAGUCGAUGCAAAGUCGAGUUAUGACUUUAUUAGAAAUGCAACAACAACCAAUAUAAUAUAAAUAAUAAAUUGAUUAAUAAAUACUAAAUUAUUAAUAUACAUACUGUGCAACAGCUACGUUUAUAGUAGCGCAAUACGUAAGGACGUGGCAAAAUGAAGAAGCAUUGUAGCUUGCUUUCAAAUGCAUGUGUCGACAAAGUUUGAGAGACACUGUAUUAAUUUUGAAGUGAUAGUAAAUAAAAUAAAAUAACGAUUGCAAAUCGUGCGAAUAACUGCAAUGGCAAAAUCUGACUGAAAUUAUGCACCACAGACAUGACGAGAAUAGAUAUAUGUACAUAUAUAGCUAUUCGAAUAUGCGAAAUCUUUAAUGCCGAAAAUGCGCAUGUUUUCGACAAACGUAGAAUUGAGUUUUAAAAAUGUUUAGCUAAAUAAUGUAGCUCUAGUUAUUUGAAAUAGUAGACGCUAUGAAAAUUUUGAUAAAAAAUUACCGAAAAUGUAUUUCAAAUUUAAAUUUAUUGCAAAAAAUCGUUAUAUGCGUAGUAACUAGUAUGCGUAGAACAUAAAUGUUUAUAAUGGGGAAAAUAAAAACUACUUUGUGCGAGUUAA